AUGCUCGCCCGUGGCUUGCGUCGUGCUGAGGAAGCCGGUGCCACCGGCCACCAGGUUCGAGAACCCGAUGCUGUUGAGGUAGUCCUGCCCCGCCGCCUUGAGCAUGAGGCCCUGGUAGCGGCCCAGGUAGGUCAGCAUCAAGACGGCCGGUGCCGUACCGGCCGGGGCGUCCACCACGUCGCUCGCGCGCUCCAGCAAGGCUUCCGACGGGCGGGUGUGGGCGAAGCCCCGCAUGUCGGCGUACACGCGGUCCAGGCAGGCCAGCCCGUGAGUGAGGAAAGCCAGUCCGAUCUCCUGGUCCGAACGCGCCUGGAAGCGCGCCCAGCCCUGCGCAUCGAUGCGGAUGGGCAUCGCCAGCGUCACACCGCGCCAGAAGCUCUUCGCGCUGUCCGCGGCAUCGUCGGGCGCACCCAGUGCCUCCCCGACAUCGACCCGCGAGGAUCGCCCCAUGUCGGAUGCAUAGCCGUCGACCACCGACUGCACCCAGCGACGGUUCGUGCGCUUGCCCUGCGCGGUGUACGCCCCCUGAAGAGCGAUCUCGACGGCCUUGCGGGCCGUGGCUGGAUCGUCGACGACGGACGCGGCCACGCCGAGCUGCGUCAGGCGCUGGGCCCAGGGAUUGGCGAUGGCCGCCUCGGCGCUGGCGAGCGCCGUGGCCGCGACGAUGUUGCCCCACAGGUCGGUCUUGAACGCCAGGUCGAUCAGGCGCGUCGUGCUGUUGGACAGGCUCAGGCCGAAGAGAUUGAUCGUGACGGACGCCUUGCUCGUGCGCUUGAGGCUCUCGGUCAACCAGCCACUGACGUCACGCACGGUGUUCGCCUCCACGGCCGCAUCGACCAGGUCGCCGAGCAGCAUGAGCCGGCCGGUGCACAGCGCCUGGUAGAGCCGCUGGGACGCCUGCUGGUCGACGCCGGGACCGAACCAGCCGCUGAAGGCGAGCUUGCCGUUGCGGCUGGUCUCGACCGACAUCGCCAGCUCGAUGCCCAGCUUGGCCUUGCUCGCGUCGCCGAGCGCCUGGAGCAGGCGGUUGCGCUGCUUGUUGUACUCGGCGAUGGUGUCCCUGACGGCAGUCGCAAAGCUGCUCUGGUCGAGCCCACGGAGCGCCUGAGCGACCUUCUCACCGAGUGCGCCGAGCGGCGUGAGCACCUCGUCCAGAGGCCCACCGGCCUUGGCCUUGAUGUCGUCCACCAAUUGCUUGAUGGCCGCCUUCAGCGCCGUGGCCGCCAUCGUGGAAGCCUGGGUGAUCGGCGCCUUCAGCUUGGCCUUGAGAUCCGCUGUGGCCGGGUCGUCGCCGAGCAGACGCGUCAGGACGUCGUCGACCUCGCCCUCCGCGAUACCGGUGCCCUGCGCCAGCACGUCGAGCGACCGAUCCAGCAGGUCGCUGAGCGGAUCGGCGAGGCGGUCGAGCAGGACCUGCUUCACGUCGCUGGCAUCGGCCUGACCGAACAGCACCUGGGCGAGCUGCUUCAGGCCCGCGUCGCCGAUCUUGGCGUCGAUCAGCGUGGCCAGCUUGUCCUUGAUCGCGGUGCCGGGCAGCGUCAGCGCAUUCAGCCGCGCCGAACUGGCCGGGUCCAGCGCCGGCAGCCCGGCGCGGAUGGCGUUCUCGGCACUCUUGGCCAGCGCGCUCAGGUCCAGCGCCGCGCCGAUGCUCGCCGCAAAGCUCUUGUUGCUCGCGCGCACCGUCUCCAGGUUCACACGCAGGCCCCACGGCCCUCCGGAGGGUGCCCGCUCGGGCAGCACCCGCAGCGUCAUGCCGCCGGUCACCGCGAUCUUGGCGCUGAUGCCGGCGUGCACCGUCAGCCCGAUGUCCACCUUGUCACCGCUGAAGCCAUACGUCCAGCCCGUGGUGCCGGCUUGCAGCUUGGCGCUCAGGCCCGCCUGCAGGCGGCCGUUCACCGCCAUCGACGUGCCCCAGAAGAUGCCGUCGCCCGCCAGGCGCAUCAGGCCCUCCAGGUCAUUCGGCAGCACGGCGAACCGGCGCGCGUCCAGCGCCGCCUCCAACAGCAGCUGCGUCUGCGGGGCCUCCACGUACCAGGUGAGGCGUGCCCCGCCGCUGACCGAGCCGUCCACGCUGGCCGAGCCCCAGGCGCCGAUCUUCUGGCUGCCGCCGGCCGAGGCGCUCAACUGGAAGGACGCCGAGUAGCCGACGAUCUGGUGCUUGUCGCCAGGCUUCAUGUUCAUGUCGUGCAGCUGCUCGUCGCUCAGCAGGUCGAUCGACAGCUCCGCCGUCGCUGCGGCCUUGGCGCCCCAGUCCCAGCCGAACUGCGUCGCCUUGCCUUCGACGGUCGGAUCGAGCAGCUUCACUGCCACCUCGGUCGUGUCAUGCCGCGUCAGGCCGGCGAUCGGCGUGGCCAGCAACUGCCAGUUCUCGCUCGCGCCGGCGUCCUUAAGCAACUGGGGCAGCAAGCCACCGGGGUUCUUGCGCCAGGUGUCCAGGGCAUCCAGCAGCUUCUUGUCGAAGUUCAGGGCGAGCAGGUUCACAUUCAGCUCCAGCAGGUUGGGGCACCGUCUCCAUGA